CAACGUUGGUUCCGCUACGUCAAUUUGUCGAUGUUCUAAUUGAGUUGUUAAGAGCUGCCGAUAACUAGCGAUGAAAACGCGAUAGCCACCACAGCCACAUAUCAAUCUGAACGGGUGCCGCCCAGACUUUCGCGGGAAUUAAUUCAUUCCUCUCCAAGUUUUAUUAAAAUAUGUAAGUGCAAGAAGCGUGAAACAAUUUUCUUUUUGUGGUUCGCUCGACCGUCGGCCGAGAGUGGUUAGUCUGUGAGGAGUGCAUGGGCGUCGCGGUCGUCUGGUCGUGUCUUACCGUGUUGCUAAUAGUCCGCUGCCGUCCGAUACUAACGCUGACGCGGGUGUUUGUCGCGGUGAUCGUGUUGUUAUGGAACCAGUCGACUGCUGAAAAUCCACAGGAAAAUGCACAUCCUGGAGAUUGGUGCCGACCAACAGGAUGGAGAUGAAAGCGGUAGCGCACGCGCCGCUGAAGCAGCAUUUCGCACAGUGCCCCGAGACCACACCACCUUCCUUGUUUGGAGGAUCACGGAAUCAAGCACUGAAUUGUUGCCACGCACCCACUACGGCACGUUCUACGACGCUGAAGCUUACUUGGUGUACUCCUGUUCCCUGCCUGGACAGCCAGCUGGACCUGAUGUCAUACGCCGAGAAAUAAAGGAGAACGGCAAUGGGGAGCUACUGGAGCGUCACAUACACUCCUGGGGUGGCGAGCGGAGCGGAGCCCUGGCAGGACUUGCGCUGCGUCGCGGCAUCCAGCUCGCAGCCUACCUUGCCGCCCCUACCGUCAUACACCGAGAGGCUGUCACCAAAGAAACCCCCAGACUCUUGUCGUAUUUUAGAGAUGGGAUAAGAAUCCUUCGAAGCGGCUCGGCGAACCUGAACGGUAGUGCGCGGCUGUAUCGAGUGCGCGGUCGCCGACCAGUUUUGGUGCAAUUAGAGCCGGUGUCGUGGUCACAGCUGGCUACCGACGGUGUCUUCGUCCUCGACACCUCGUCUCUCCUCGUUCUGUGGCUCGGCCGGACCGCAAACCUCGUCGAAAAGAUAUUUGGAGCCAAGAUAGCAUACCGGAUGGCUCGUGGAGCGGACAAGGGCAUGAUGGCGCGUCGGAUCGCUAUUGCUCAUGAUGGGUACGAGCAAACGUUGCCUGCGUCCGACCGCGCACUAUUGGACGCGUUGUUGGAGCUACGUGCGCGAGCGCUGCGCCCCGCGGCCCCGCCCGCCGACCCGCCGCGUCCUGCGCGCCUCUACCGCGCCACACAGCCACCCCGCGUCGCACCUAUCACCGUGCCCUCUCAACGACCUGCCGCAAGACUGGAAGAAAUCAAACGCGCCCCACUGUUCAGAGAAGAUCUGGCUGACGAUGGAGUAUACAUAGUGGACAGCGGCAGUCGUGGCGUGUGGGCAUGGGUGGGUCCCUCUGCUACGUCUGCAGCAGCUCGUGGAGCUCUCGCAGCAGCGCGGGGACUUGCUCGAGCACGUCGCAUGACGGUGCCAGUGUCUGCGGCCCCCGCUGGUCGGGAGCCCCUAGAGUUCGCAGCGUUGUUCCACAAUUGGCGCUGGUGUGAUGCAAGGCGCGACGGCAGACUCCGCGCUGCUCGGUCUGCUACCACCAGACUGGAUGCCGUCAGUCUCGCUACAAAUGCCUGGCUCGCCGCUGAGGCUCAGCUGCCGGACGACGGGUCGGGCGCGCUGCGAGUGUGGCGCGUGCGGCGGCGACAGAGCGACGCGGAGGACGUGAACAAGGAGGCGCUGGCCGAGGUCGAGCGCCCGCAGGCUGCCGUCUUCUACGACAGGGACUGCUACAUCGUGCUCUACACAUACCACGCGCCCACCGGCGACCAGACCGUUCUCUACUACUGGAUGGGUGGCUCUUCGCCCAAUGAUCUGAGGAAUUUGGGCGCGAAAGAAGCCAAAGACCUCUACACCAAAUUAGGGCGGUCUCCAGUACAGGCAUGGGUGUAUCAAGGAAAAGAACCUGCGCACUUCCUUCAGAUCUUCAAAGGUCGGAUGAUCACUUAUGUUGGAAGUGCCACGGAUUAUGAUCCCACAGGGCGUCGUGUGCUGGCUCCAUCUCGUGUGCUCAUCCGGGUGUCGGGUCAGUACGCGCGCGAGGCGCGGGGCGUGGAGGUGCGCGACGAGAGCGCGGGGGGCGGCGGCGGCGCGUGCUACGUGCUGCGGGACGCGGCGCGCGCCUGGGUCUGGUGCGCCGCCAGCGCCACGGGAGACGAGCGAGAGGUCGCCAAGAACAUGGCCGCCACUGAACACACGCUUGUCAUGCAAGGAAAAGAGAAGCCAGACUUUUGGGCAGCGCUGGGCAAUCGUCGUCACCUACUAGUGCCGUCUCCAUUGAAUGAGGUACAGCGUCCCUUGCCACCGCGUCUAUUCUACGUAUCCUUGGGGGUACCAGCCCAUUAUUCAUUCGAGGAGAUAGUGUCCUUCAGCCAGUACGACCUGGCCCCCGAGAUGGUGGGUGUGGUGGACGCUCAUGACGCAGUGUUCGUGUGGCUCGGUCAGCACUGCUGCCCGCGUGCUAAGGAGGAUCCUCGGUCUAUAGCACUCGCCUAUCUAGCACAAGAUCCAGCGGCACGAGACGCAUGCACACCAAUACUGGCGUUGAGUCAAGGUCGUGAGCCACCACAUUUCACCGGUUUCUUCCCUCUAUGGAAGCAGUCCAUGUGGAAGGGUCAUAAAACGUUCAGUGCAAUCAUCAGUGCUUUAGAAGGCAAAGCUAUUGUCCAAAGUGGAAACAGCGCAAUACAAAGCGGCAACAGUGCUAAUCGUUUUGAUCAGUACGAGAAAUAUCCAUUGGCAGUUCUGAAGGGGCCUAAGGAUCACUUACCACCAGACGUCGAUCCUCUAACCAAAGAGCUGUACUUGACUCACGACGACUUCGUAUCUACGUUCAGCAUGCCGUACAGUGAGUUUCGGUCACUGCCUGGUUGGAAGCAGAAGGAUCUCAAGAAGUCGGUUGGAUUAUUUUGAAGCAUUAAUUUUUUUUGUUAAAUGGUUAUAAAAAAACCGACUGUCAUGUAUUACCGAAUGAAUGAGCAAGUAAACGUUGUAAAUUUUUUUUAUUUUAAAAUUACCAAAAAAAUGAAUUUUGAGAAUUUACAUAAUGUUAAUAAAAAAAUGUAAUUUGUUGAAACAUCAGGUCACGACCCGUGAACCUAAUGGUUUUUACCACUUCCCACGGUGCUAAAAUGCAGUUGACGUGUAAUUCAGUUUUACCUUUCUUACAACAGUAUUAAGUAGUGAAGACUAAUAAUAAUUGUUAUAAAAGAUAUUUUUAACAUCGUAUUUUAUUGUUCGGUUUUUAACUCAUGUUGUUCUAUGACAUCCGGUAAUAUUUUCGUUGAAACUAAUGAAUGAUAUUCACGAAUUUAUCCUUCUCAUAAUUUAAUAACCUUUUAACUGUAACGAAAUUGGUAUGCUUUGUAUGUAUAAUAAUGAAUUCUUUUUUUUCCUUUAAUAUUUUGGUGCACAGGUCGUGAUCUGAUAUUACGUUUAAUAGUUAUUAUUAUUAUUGCACUACUUUUUAAUUUAAUUUCACAUAACUUAAAAAGAAUUUAUGAAAUAACUGUUGAACUAAAAUAUUAAGUAAUAAAAUGUUUAAGAAAGUAAAAUAAAACAAUAAGUUUUAAAAUGUUAUUUUUAUUUUAAAAAUAGUACUUACUAGCUAUUGGGCAUUAAUUACCUUAAAAAUAAAAAUCUUUACAAUUUACAAGUUUUUCAAAAUCCAUAAAAUAUCGGUUGAAUUGAAAGCGUAUUUACACUAUAAUAAUGACAGGUAUCAUAAUAUAACCCUAUGUGAUAUGGGGUGAGCCGUAGCUAAGGCACGUUGUAUUAGUAUUGCAUGUCUACCGAGCUAUGGGUGGUAUCCUCGACACACUCCACGCUCCACUACAUUACAGCAAUGAAUCAAACCAUAUUCCAAAUAUUAUAUUCAAUAUCAUAAUAAUAUUUUAUAAAAACAUACGAUGAAUUAUACGAAAUGUCCUCUAUCAGCAAAAAGCUACUUGAAAAAAAAACUUUACAAAAUAUGAAAAGCUAGUUAGGAACUUACAAUUUUAGUAGAUAAAUAAAACGUUACAAUAAAUGAUUUAAUUCGAUAAUAAAUAAUUUACAUAAUGAUUUUACAUUAUAUCAGUUAUUGUUAUAUAAGACAAUUUGGGAGUAUUUCUAGAACCGCAUCGACUUAUAAGGCUAUACGGUUGUCGGGAAAAAUACUCCCGAAAAAUGUCAUCUAAAUAGCAAAAUCAGGUUAUCAGAAUUAUGCAUAGUAAAUAACAAUAUUAUUAUUAUUACAUGGAAUUAAUAUUAAUGACGAGACAUGGAACGAAAACGGAAGCUAAUAUUCCAAAAUAAACAGCUCUUUUGUAAUUUUUCAAACUUCUUUGGUAAUAAUAAUAAAACCGAACACAUGAAACACAAAAUACAUUUCAUGAAACAAUAUGGAAUGAAGUGCACGAACAUUAUAAUGCAUAAGCUGCCGUAAUAAAAAUAAAAUGCAUCUCAAAAAUAAGCGUAAACACUACGACGUAAUUAAUUGCAAUUUUUAAAAACUUUUAAGUACGUACAAUUUUAAAUUCACAUGUCAACAUGAAUGAAGAGAUUGUUCCAAACUUACAUCUACAAGAAAAACAAAGCAAUAACUGGAUAUGCGAUAGAACAGAGAACUUGAGUCAAUAUAAAACUAAGGAAAACAAAACUCAACAUAGUUUUCGUUGCAGGAAUGUAAACAAUGUGUAGAGCAAUAUUAAACAGGAUAUUUUAUAAUAUUUAACAAGAACUAAUAGUAACAACAAUGCGUCGGAGGCCUGAUUCCUUCUAGCACCACGGCUGUCGGCAGUCCAGUCCAAAUCGACAAUUGACUCCCUUUAAGUUUCGGUAGUCAUUUAGGUAAUUUGCAGAAUACAUUAAAUACAACCUUCAUUAUUAUUAUUAUACAAAUACAUUUAAUGUCUUUUUAUCCCCUGUAUUGAAGACGUAGCACUUAACAGAAACCAGGCAGUCGGUAACUGUCAAUCCGACUGGACUCCCAACAAAGACACGUCUAUUUAUCACAGCUAUCCAAAGCCUUCGUACAUUACACGAAUCGGUCGCCUAUCCCUCUACGUCACUUAUCGUUUAUCGAUGCAGAAACUUGAGAUUGCUGAACCCAUUAUUACCAGUAUGAAAUUCAGAUUUAAUAUUAUUGUUUUAUAUAAACGUUCCCAGCCCAAGGCUCGGGUUUCCGGAACAGUAAAAACACUCUCUAGCAUAGUUGUGAACAAUUCCAACUUUUGUACUUUAUACUCAUAACUAAACGAGAUUUAUUGUACACGAGAUUAUAAGGCCUAUUUUUAAAAUUGGUGUUUCAAAAUUUGCUAAUUACACGAUACAUCUAAUAACAUGUGUUUAGGCCUAACGAUAUAUUGUAAAAGAUAUAAAGUUAAAUAGAAGGCUUCACGCUUUAGAGCCGACUGGUGUUCUAACAAAUGAGGCAGCAGAUUGGCACAUAACAAUGGUACCAUAACAAAUAUAAGACACUGAGUUAUUGCUUCAAAAUUACAUUUCUCAGCUCGACUUUGCAAGAGAAAAUUUUGUACAGUUGGUGUCGCAAACGUUAAAGAAAAAUAUUCAGCGAACUUUCAUGAAGCAAAUUGCUUUAUCUAAUUAUUUCGUAAUAAGCUCAGCAGUUCACUACACGUUAGUCUAGAUUAAAUUGAUCUUGUGAUUCAAGGAAGCCCAUUAAGAGUCUUACAUAAUUAAGUAACAUUCCAGAAUUUAGUAGAAGAACUAGGUAUUUCACUUGAGCAAUUAUAUUAAUGAGACAAUUCACUAAAAACAAACACCUAUGGCACGGUUUCUUCGUUAAUUUGCAACCCUUACGCGUUGUGAAUGUCUUACUGUGUACUUAAUCUAACAUUAAGGGUCCCCUGAAUCGUUUUGUAUAAUUUUCUAUAUUUCGAUUAACAUGAUAUAUGUUUAACUAGAUACUUUAACAAUACGAUACUUAAAAAUUGGUAAGUCAAUUCCUGUAAGGAUCAAUUCCCACAUGUAUAUCUAAAUGUAUUGGUAUGAGUGCAAACCCAGAGUAAAUAUGUUUACUUGUUGUUACCGAGGCACUCAUUACUGCUUGUUUUUUUAUCAGGAUAGAUCAAAUCUUAUUAUUACGGAUUCAGUAACAGUUUCUCGUACGAUACCUAUACAUAUACAACAAUAGUAUACGAUAUACAACAUACUGAAAGAUAAACAUUAUGUGCUGAUAAAAAUAAAAACGUAACAAAAUACAUUAUAAUAAAAAUGCUCUACUGGUUCAAUAAAUUGUACAAAAAUAUUGUUGAAAAUAACCAGUUCAAUUUAUGUCACAUUAAAACUCGUAUGGACUACUUGGCGCUGCGAAUGAUCAACCAUAUUAGUAUAUUCUGCUAUUUAGCUCCACAAGCUUGUUAACAUCGCCGAGUCCUCAAAAACUACGCAACAUGUCCAUCGAACGCAGCCUAAGUCAGCAUCCGAGAUCGCAAUAUAAGUAUACAAAACAUAAUAAUAUCAACACGGUACUAAUAUUUACAUGACCCAGUUCUGUUGAACCAAGAAAAUAUUAGUUUUCUUCUAUACAGCCCUUGUCUAACAAGCUGAUGUCACACAACAUUACAUUAGCUUGCAACCGAUGCACACGAUAGCACCAUUGCAUCCUUCUGUGAGAUUUCAUCAUGACAAUCAGCUUAUUCAAAAACAAUUUUACGAAAACCUAUCUGAUGUUGGUACAAUUUUUUGAUAAGUACAAAAUAUGAAUAUUUUCAAUAUCUAUCACAGCAAUCAUGCCGAAAUCUUAUAAAAAUUUUGGACAAAAUACUUAAACUUAUUUAAGACUAGUUAAUUUACAAGUUUUAUGAAAUUUGGAUAGAAAAAUUCUGAAAGAUUCAAAAAGAUUGUAAAUAUUGUCAAAUGCCAGAUCAAAUGCCAGUGAAUUAUGCAUAGCGUUAUUCACAUCUUAACAAUACUCGAUGAAUUAAUUUUCUAGAAACGUAUCCAGAGUACUUAAUGAAAAGUACCUCGAUCUAUAGUACGAUAGCAUGUUUCUAUUAGUUUUCCCAAAUAAACAGAUUAUAUUCUAGGUCCCAUAGAAUAAAAUGUUCGAAAAUAGUGUUAGUAAAAAACCAACGCGCGGCGAAUAAAGCGAGUCAAGACUAUAACCAUCAAAACCAGAUACACGCAAAAUGAGAGAUUUUAGUAAUGGGGCGCCAGUACUUCGUCAAUUUUAAUGUUUAUUAUUUAGCAAAUACCGUAGAGGGCGCGCGCGCAGUGACCUGGCAACGCCGGCUCACUGCCGCGGCAGCGACGCGUUGGCCGGCAACGUCGAGCUGCGCUGCGACGCGUUCAUGUACGCGGACUUCAGGUUAGACCGCAUCGAGUCCCUGGAACCGACAUUCAAUCGUCUCAUUUUUAAAGUCGGAUAUUAUAAUCAAUUUUGCCAACCAACAACAAGGUUCUCAAAAUAAGGUAAACCGUGUGACGUAGCGGAGGAACAUGGUCAAGAAGGAAAAUUGAUGAAUGAUCGGUCGCGGUAGGGGCAUGCAUUGAGAUGUUGGAGUGUGCGUACCUGGGCGAGAGCUUGGUGUGGUCGUGGUUGGUGUGUGCGGCGCGGUACCCGUAGCGCUGCACGCGGCGCUGCAGGCGGGCCACCCAGCGGCGCUGCUCGGGCGCGGCCGGCGCCAGCAGCAGCAGCUCGCGCGCGCGGUCCGCGUGCAGCUUGCACGCCGCCACGCCGGGGCCCGCGCUCCCCGCGCCCUCGCCCUCCGACACGUGCUCUGCGUGGAUCUUCAUGCGGCAUCCUGCGCAAUAAACACGUUUUAAUCAUCAUUAUAAUAAUGAGUACCUUACGUUAUUCCGUGACUCUUGAAGGAAACUGUGAAAAUAAAUUACCAGAACUAGUUGUGAUGUAGGUGAAAUUUAUUUUUUUGAUUAAUACACCCACGACACA